AAUUUUUUCUUUAGUGUAGUUCAGUUUUUCCAAUGAAAUUUUUAGUAAAUGAGUAUGCAAAAAAUAUGUAUGCAGUAUAUGAAGUUUAGAGCUCAACAGGCUCGUGGAGAAUCAUAUUCUUAAUCUGUCACUGUUUUUGAGCUUUGGGCUUUGGAUAAAAUGUGAUAUCUUCUGAUUUGUUCUGCAUCUUGUGACAGUGGCAUAUUCAAAGGGUCAUACCGUGAAAAAAACGUUUUCUUUUUAUCUUUAGAGAUAAAUGACUUAGUUAAACUCCUAAAACAUACUGUAACUUUUAGCCCAAAUUUCCCACCAGCUUUAAAGACCUUGCAUGUCACUUACAUCUCUCCAAAAACCAUGUAACUAUUAGACAAGACAAAGCGGGAGGAUAGGUGGUGUUAUUCAUAAGCACCCAAAAGCUAACAAAGAGAAGAAGAAAAUGUACAUAGUGUUGUUUCUGGCGCACUGUAUCACCUGCAUCUUGACAUAUCCGUUAGAAGGAUCCCAAGGUUAGAAAGUUCAUACAAACUGAAAGUUUCGACCGAUUUUACUUCCUUAUUGUGACGUACUUCCAAGAAAUACAGCAUUGAAUGAGGACAAUAGAGGGCGUGGCUUGUUUCUUCUACUGCAAUUGAUUGGAUGUAGUAAAGUAGGCAUUUGAUUCAGAAAUGAACACUGACAGUUGGAGGGUGUAGUUAAGGAUGUCAUGCUAAUGCCCAAGCUGUCAAACCGAUGUCUUCAGAAAAGACCCGUCAUUUUGAGACAGUAGGAGAAUUUUCAGAUUUGGAUUAAAAAUUCCGAAGGCAAACUACUUUUCUUUUUUUUUUUGGUGGCAUGGAUGAAUUGUUUACCACAAAAACAGCAACGUACGCUAACAAAAUAAAUAGCCAAUUUUGAUUUCACGCAGAAACUUAACAGCUGUCUAUGGCCUCUUGACCGUCACUUUCUUUCUUUCCGUGCACUGGUUUACUAUGAUGAACAGCCAAUCAGAGGGAUCUCUCUCAUCAUAGUCUCAGACACCAAUUCAGCUGGCUAGAAUUGGCCACCAACGCUGUGGUUUUGUUUUUUGUUUAGUGUUUUAUUUUUUUCUUACCAUAAAAGUGGAACUCUCCACUUUUACUAUCAUUAAAAAGUGAUGGCUGUCGACACAGAUUCACUAACCAAACACUAACAGUUAAUUUCUAAGAAAUAGCAUUGCAUGAUUUCCCUAUUGUGCAAAACUUCCUUCUAAGGACUUUAGCCAUUCAAAUUAAUGAUUUUCUUUUAUUCUUUCUUCAGUUUUCAAUGUAAAGAAUUGCCCAAUAAAGGGUCUAUUUCUAAAACAAUGCCUCAGUAUUUCCUUGAACGUAUAUUUUAAUGAACUCUAGUGUCUUGAUGUGAAACUUCAAAUGUAGUUGUGAAAUUGCCACCCCUUAUAGCCAGUGCUCAUUUCUUGUAAUAAGAGACAGCGCACAUUGCUUUCCCUUUAUCUAUGUUUAACUAUAGCUACUGUAAAACACUUAUAUCCACAACAUGCAAUUAAAAAUAGCCUUGAUAAAGGAAUUCUUAUUGUAUCCAGUCCUCAUUAAGCUUUAUAGUAAUAAUAAUAAUCUUGGUUUCAAAAGUCCAGAGCUCCUUAGAUGAUAAAUAAUAUGUGUUCUGUGUCCGAGAUAAACGUCACACUGCAAACAGGUUGCGUAUUUACCAGCCCUCAGUUUUCCCUGUCAAAAAAACGCUUCUGAGUCAUAAAAAGCUCUACGUCUACUUUGUUUAUGAUGCCUGGGAGUGUUUCCUGGACAAGGAGCGGCCUGGUCUAUAUGUUGUAGAUUAUUACAGGUUUCUGAGCCACACACGCCACUGUUGGGACAAAGGUUUUGAAGAGCAUAAGGCUUCUCAGGUGUCAGAUCUUGCUUGUGUUGAUAUUGGCUGGGACGGAAUCAGAGCCAUGAAUCUGACUAGUGAUGGUGAGACCUGUCGGAUAUGCUUGGGAUAGAGAAUCUGCCUAAAUUGGCUGGACCGUUUUUUAAGGCUGAGCGGAAGAGUCCGGCUGCAAUGAUUCAGCAGUUGGAGCAAGAUCAAGGAGGUGGCAUGGCAAAAGAUCUGGCCAAAAACAGAAGAGUUGUCAUGCCAAGUUGGACUGAACACGAAGAAAUAAAGGAAUUACAGCAGUCGUACAGCAGGAAUAAAGUCCGGACGACCAAGUACACCUUCCUGUCUUUCAUUCCCAAGAACCUUUUCGAGCAGCUUCAUCGUUUCGCUAAUGUAUACUUUGUCUUUUUGGGCGCAUUGAACUUCGUGCCGAUUGUAAAUGCCUUCCAGCCAGAGAUCUCGAUUAUUCCUAUUGUCUUCGUGAUGUCCAUUACUGCUGUUAAAGACCUUUGGGAAGACCAGCGUCGGAGGAAGUCUGACCAAAAGGUCAAUAACCGCUUAUGUGAAGUUUAUGACAGGAAGCAGAAGCAGUAUGUGGAGCGGCGUUGGGCAGAGGUGUGUGUUGGCGAUCUGGUCCGUCUCUGCUGUAAUGAGAUCAUUCCUGCUGACAUGGUGCUGCUGCACUCAUCUGAUCCUAACGGAGUGUGUCACAUUGAGACGGCCAACCUGGAUGGAGAAACCAACCUCAAACAAAGGCAGGUGGUCCGUGACCUUCCACAGCAGGGAUCUGAAUUUGUUCCAGAAAACUACAGCAGUUACAUUGAGUGUGAAAAUCCCAACAAUGACUUGAGACGGUUCAGAGGCUUCAUGGAGCAUCCAGGUAAGGUGCGGGUUGGACUCCACAGUGAAAACCUGCUCCUGAGGAGCUGCACUGUGAGGAACACGGAGACUGUGAUUGGCAUUGUGGUCUAUGCGGGUCAUGAGACAAAAGCAAUGCAGAAUAACAGUGGGCCGCGCUACAAACGAAGUAAACUGGAGCGCAGACUCAAUAUGGACGUCCUCUGGUGUGUCGUUUUACUGCUGCUCAUGUGCCUUAUUGCUGCUGUAGGUCAUGGUUUUUGGUUGAGUGGACUACAGAAUCCCGUUUACAUGAUCCCUGACAACACGCAUCCUGCUCUCGCUGCCUUUUACAUGUUCUGGACCAUGAUCAUUGUUCUGCAGGUGCUGAUUCCCAUCUCCCUCUAUGUGUCCAUAGAGAUUGUGAAGCUGGGACAGAUUUAUUUUAUUCAGAAUGAUUUAGAUCUGUAUAACCCAGUGCUGGACACAGGAGUGCAGUGCAGAGCGUUGAACAUCACAGAAGAUCUUGGACAGAUCCAGUAUCUGUUUUCUGACAAGACGGGAACCCUCACAGAGAACCGCAUGCUGUUCCGCCGCUGCACUGUUGCAGGAACCGAGUACCCUCACCAUGAGAACGCGGUUUCUCUGGAACAGUAUGAGGAGCAGGGCUGUCUCGAUGCAGAUCACUCUCUCACCCUGAGGUCCCGCACUAGCAGGAAGUCACUGAGCUGUAAAUCACUCAGCUGCAACCGGAGUUCAGUGUCCCUCAAUACCCUCACUGCAGAGUCAGACACACACUCUGUCCACGACACACUCCGCAGACACACACCUGGAGCCUUCAGCAGCACCAUGGAGUGUGCCGUGGUUCCAGACCCGCAGCUUCAGGCAAAGCUGAACUCGCUGUCUUCACCCAUGCGUUCUCCUCUCCGACAGCAAGCUGCUGAAAUCUCUCACAUACUCGACUUCUUUCUCGCCCUCACUGUCUGUAACACCGUGGUAGUUUCCUCACCCACUCAGCCAAGACAUGUGGUUCAGAUGCCCGUGGUUCGCACACCCCUGCGCUCUCUAGAGGAGAUAAAGGCUAUGUUUCAGAAGCUGAGUCUGCCUCGCUUUCCCUCAUCACCUAGUCAGAACACAGACACUCCUGCCAGCCUAACCAAAAAACUCUUCACUCGGGGUCGUUCGGCUUCCUACUUCCCUAACAGCAGCCCGCAAACACCCAUCACAAUCCUACAGUCACCCAACACACCCUCCGGCACCCCUUCAGACACCCCCGUCACUCCAGCCCUUUCCAGUGGAGCGUGGAGCGAGGACGUGGAUGACAUGCUGAAGGCCAAAGAUAACUCUAGUGAUGAGUCAGAGAGCGAUGAUGAAGAUGAGGCGCAAGAGUUGCUGUACGAGGCGGAGAGUCCGGAUGAGGCAGCAUUGGUGCAAGCAGCGAAGGCCUAUGGGUGUACUCUGCUUGGCCGGUCCCCAGAGCAAGUCCUUGUAGCUGUUCCAGGCACCGGGCCGCUGUCCAUCCCUCUGCUACACGUUCUGCCAUUUCAUUCUGCUCGCAAGAGGAUGUCUGUUGUGGUGCGCCAUCCGCUCACUGGAGAGGUGGUCGUUUACACUAAAGGAGCUGAUAAUGUCAUUAUGGAGCUGGCUGAAACAGUUGAAGAUGGUUUCUCUAGGGAGAUCAUGGAUCGGACGCAGAGACACCUGGACCAGUAUGCAAGAGAGGGCCUGCGCACUCUCUGUGUAGCUAAAAAAGUAUUGGAAGAGCAGGAAUACAAAGCCUGGCUGAAGACACACGAGUAUGCAGAAACCAGCAUUGAAAACAGAGAAGAGCUUCUGCUCGAAUCUGCAGAGAGACUGGAAACUAAUCUCACAUUACUGGGGGCGACGGGUAUAGUGGACCGCCUGCAGGAGGAGGUGCCUGAGACCAUUGAGGCUCUGCAGGAAGCUGGGAUUAAAGUGUGGGUCCUCACUGGGGACAAACAAGAGACGGCAAUUAAUAUUGCUUUUGCUUGCAAGCUGCUCAGACCUACAGACUGCAUAUUGAUGGCUAACUGUGACAGCAAGGAGACAUGUGAGGCUCGACUUCAUGAGUUACAGCAGGAGAUGGAAAGCAAGGCAAAGGAAGGCGUGUCUGAAGAUGGUAGCUCUGACUGUGUGUUGGUCAUUGACGGCCGUACGCUGGACUACGCUCUGCAGAAGGAGCUACAGGGGUCGUUCCUGGAGCUCACGUGCCGCUGUCGCUCAGUCAUAUGCUGCAGAUCCACUCCUCUGCAGAAGAGCCAGGUGGUGCGGCUCGUCAGAGACAAGCUGAAGGUCAUGACCCUGGCUAUAGGUGAUGGAGCCAAUGAUGUCAGUAUGAUUCAAAUGGCAGAUGUCGGCAUCGGCAUUUCAGGCCAGGAGGGCAUGCAGGCAGUGAUGUCCAGCGACUUUGCUAUUUCUAGAUUUAAGUUCCUGAGAAAGCUCAUUUUGGUGCAUGGUCAUUGGUGUUACACUCGAUUGGCUAACAUGAUCCUCUAUUUCUUCUACAAGAACGUGAUGUACGUGAACCUUUUGUUCUGGUACCAGUUCUUCUGUGGAUUUUCAGGCAGCACAAUGACCAACUCAUGGGUUUUAAUCUUCUUCAACCUGCUCUUCACCUCCGUCCCUCCAAUCAUAUACGGCGUGCUGGACAAAGAUGUGUCCAGCGAGACGCUCCUCGACCUGCCUGAUCUAUACAAGUCUGGACAAAACUCUCAGGCCUAUCUUCCGUCAACAUUCUGGAUGAAUAUUCUUGAUGCGUUUUACCAAAGUCUAGUGUGUUUCUUCAUACCUUACUUUGCAUAUGCAGGGUCUGAUAUAGGGGUAUUUUCCUUUGGCUCUCCAAUCAAUGGCUCCGCUCUCCUCAUCAUCCUCUUGCAUCAGCUCAUCGAGAGCCGCACAGUGACAUGGAUACAUACUGCAUUGCUGCUCUUCAGUGCUUUGUUCUAUUACGCCUUUGUUCUCUUGUUCAGCCUUACCUGUGUGACAUGCAAUUCUCCCACAAACCCCUUGGGCAUUGAGACAAAAAUUAUGUCUCAGCCACUCUACUACCUAGUAUGUGGAUUUACCACAGUCCUGGCCCUGCUACCUAGGAUCCUGUGUCGUGCCUUUUGUAACACCAUCUGUCCAUCUGACCUGGUGAGAGCACAGAAAAUGGAGAGACUCUCAGCACAAGACUACUCCAUGAGUUUACAGCAGUGGAAGCAUAACAGAGUUUCUCAAAGACUGUCCUCCAGACGCGUCCCUCAGAACCUCAGUGUGAACGCAGACAUGCCCCAUUUAACAGACUGUAUCGCUGAAGCCGGCGCUGUUCUCUCAUGACCAAUGGGGAAGUGGCCCGUGACCGUAUAUUCUUGCACUUUAAUAAUCGGCAGAUACUCUGACCAGUCGGACAACAAAAAUCUGUCUUUUCUCUGCCCAGUAAGUGUUUUCACAGUGAUGUACAGUACCUGGGCUCUGUGGAGCAAACUCAUUCCCGUCCGGUGAGCGCAGGAUAGACUUGGAAACUUGCUUUUGUAGAGAAUCGUUUACAUUUCACAAGGCUGUGCCUGUGAUAUUUUGUAAUUACACAUGCACUCCAGAAUUACGCAAGAACCUCAGAGUUGUGAGGACGAAUUGUGGGUCGGGACGUGGCUGGUGUUUGCCAAAAUGAUGUGGCUACUUUGCUCCUACUUUAAUGCAAUACUCCAUUUUUGAGGGUAAAAGAAAUUCAGAACUUCACAUCUGCAUCUGCAUAGACCAUGAGAAAAUGAGCUUGCACAAACUAACACAAAUUCCCACAGUCGUAUUUAUUUUAGCACACCGCAACUGAUACCCUUUGAGACUAUAGGAAUGAUCUUUUUUGUUUUCCUGGUAAUCUCUUAAUAAUUCGGAGAGAUGCUGUGUCUUGAUCGUGGAGGAGUUCAGUACCAUGAGGCCUUUACAUUAAAUGAACAUUCCCUGCCCAGGAAUAAAAUGAGGUGAACAUAAACGGAAGCUAAUGUAUUCGUGACCCGAGGUCCUUGAUGUCCAUCUGUGUAUUCAAUCUCACAGUGAACGUGCUGACUGCAUGUGUUACAAGUGGACAAGUCCAGUAUUUCAUGAUGAACGCUAGAUUGCUUUUUAUACUUCAAUGCAAUUUUAUUUUCAUUGCAAAAGUGAAUGCUUGAAUUUUGAAAAUGUGAAUUAAUAAUCCAGGAUGAUCUUCUAAGAUGAUUUUGAGUCACUGACUAGAAAACAUUAUUUAUAGUCAUUAUUUAGCAUCUCAUGUGAGCCAUUUGUAAAUUUGCAAUAAAAUACACAAAGCGUUAAAACGCGACUACUGCUUGAAUAUGAACGCAUACGCAACAGUUAUAAACAACAGAGGAAAGAUGUUCAGGCUGCAAAAUAAAAGUCUUUAUUUUAAGGUUCA